GGUAAAUAAUAAUUUAUAAUUUAUAAAUAAUAUUGAUGAUAAAUUAUCAAAAAAUAUUGGGCUUUGUUUUUGAAGCUGCGGUUGGUUAUGUGUCUAUCGCGAGAGUUGCCAUCCAAGGUUGUGAUGUGACGUCAUAAGAGUGCGCAGCUCUCCUGCAUCGGUUGCUUUUCAGCUGAAGGACAAAGUAUUCAAGCACACAGAAAAACUGCUGAAGCUACUGAGAUCUACGUUACACAUCUAUAAAGAUGGCAUUUAUUAAAGAGGAGAGUCAAGACAUAAGGAUUGUAGAAGUAUUCAGUCUGAAACAUGAAGAUACCGAGGAACAAACAGACCUGAUGGCACUGAAAGAAGAGAGGCGCGAACUGAUUGAUCAAUAUGAGAGACUUAACUUCGUGACUUUAGAAACAACUUCAUCACCAAAAAAAGUUCAGAAGAACGAAUCUAAGAGUCACUCAACCUGUCAUCAAUGUGGAAAGAGUUUCAAGAAAAAACAAAACCUUCAAAUUCACAUCAAUGUUCACGAAUGCCAUCAGUGUGAAAAGACAUUCACAUGUAAAGAAAGCUAUAAACGCCACAUGAAAAGUCACACUGGAAUGAAGCCUUUCAUAUGCCAACUGUGUGGAGCAUGUUUAGCACAUAAACAAAGCCUUAAUGUCCACAUGAAACGUCACACUGGAGAGAAGUCAUUCACAUGUGAUCAGUGUGGAAUGAGUUUCGUACAUAAAGUAUCCUUUGAUUACCACACGAAGAGAGAAACCUCAGGAGGGAAUGGUUUUACAUGUAAAAGGUGUGGAGAGAGUUUUACUUGUAGAGGAAACCUCAGAACACAUAUGAGACUUCACACUGGAAAGAAACCUUUUACCUGCAAUGUGUGUGGGAAAAGCUUCACAUAUAAAUCACCCUUUGAUACCCACAUGAGAAUCCACACCGGAGAGAGGCCUUUUACCUGCAAACUGUGUGGGAAGAGCUUCUCGCGCAAAGGAUCCCUUCAGAUUCACUUGGUUGUUCAUACUGGAGAGAAGCCGUUUCCAUGUGAUCAGUGUGGAAAGUGUUUCAGACAAAAAUCAACCCUUGAUUCACACAUGAAAAGUCACUCUGGAGAGAGUCCUUACAUCUGCAGAUUUUGUGGGAAGAGCUUCUCAGGUACCUCGAACCUUAAUGCCCACAUGAGAAUUCACGCAGGAGAGAAGCCCUUCAACUGUAAACUGUGUGAGAAGAGCUUCACACAAAACGAAACUCUUAAGAUUCACAUGAACACUCACACAGGAGAGAACCCUUACAUGUGUGCUCAGUGUGGGAAAUGUUUUGCACGAAAAGCAAACCUUACUUAUCACAUCGGGCUUCACUCAAAGGAGUAUAAAUGUCAUCGGUGUGGACAGAGAUUCCCAGACAAGAGACACCUUACCUGGCAUGAAAGAAUUCAUUCUCGAAAGACUUUCACUUGCAAUGACUGUGGAAAGAGUUUCAAAUUUAAAGGACAGUUUAAUGUUCACAUGAGAAUCCACACUGGAGAGAAACCCUUCAGCUGCACUCACUGUGGAAAGAGUUUCAGUCAGAACGUAACUCUUCAGAUUCAUACAAGGCUUCAUACUGGAGAGAAACCUUUCACCUGCCAACAAUGUGGGAAAAGAUUCAACAGAAAAGGAAGUCUUGAAGUCCACAUGAGAGUUCAUACUGGAGAAAAGCCUUUCACCUGCCAACAGUGUGGAAAGAGUUUUGUUAAUAAAACAAACCUUAAAAGCCACAUGAAAGUUCAUACUGGAGAGAAACCUUUCACCUGCCAACAGUGUGGGAAAAGAUUCACCAGAAAAGAAAGUCUUGAAGUCCACAUGAGAGUUCAUACUGGAGAGAAACCUUUCACCUGCCAACAGUGUGGGAAAAGAUUCACCAGAAAAGAAAGUCUUGAAGUCCACAUGAGAAUUCACACGGGAGAAAAGCCUUUCACCUGCCAACAGUGUGGAAAGAGUUUCAUUAAUAAAACAAACCUUAAAAGCCACAUGAGAAUUCACACUGGAGUGAAGCCUUACACAUGUUCUCAAUGUGGAAAAAGUUUAGCAUAUAAACAAACCCUCGUUAACCACAUGAAAAUUCAUACUGGAGAGAAACCUUUCACCUGCCAACUGUGUGGAAAGAGCUUUAUUCAAAAACCAAACCUUAAAGAACACAUGAGAAUUCACACUGGAGAGAGACCUUACACAUGCCAACAAUGUGGAAAAAGUUUUCAUCUUAAAAAAACCCUUGUUAACCACAUAAGAAUUCAUACUGGAGAGAAACCUUUCACCUGCCAACAAUGUGGGAAGAGUUUCACUGACAAAAGAAACCAUAGAAAACACAUGAUAACUCAUACUGGAGAGAAGCCUUUCUCCUGCAAACUGUGUGGAAAGAGCUUUAUUCAAAAACCAAACCUUAAAGACCACAUGAGAAUUCACACUGGAGAGAAACAUUACACAUGCCAACAAUGUGGAAAGAGUUUUACACAAAAAGGAAACCAUGGAAAACACAUGAGAAUUCACACUGGAGAGAAGCCUUACACCUGCCAACAGUGUGGGCAGAGUUUCUCACGCAAUGGAGAUCUUAAGACUCACAUGAAAAUUCACAUUGAAAAGAAACAAUUAAUAUGCCCUCAGUGUGGAAACAGUUUUACAAAGAAAAAAUACCUCACUGUCCACAUGAGAACUCACACCAGAGAGAAGCCAUUCACCUGCCCUCAGUGUGGAAAGGGUUUUACACAGAAAAAAUACCUUGCUGUCCACGUGAAAAUUCACACCAGAGAGAAGCCAUUCACUUGCCCUCAGUGUGGAAACAGUUUUACACAGAAAAAAUACCUCGCUGUCCACAUGAGAAUUCACAACAGAGAGAAGUUCUUCACCUGCCCUCAGUGUGGAAAGAGUUUCACGUUUAAAGGAAGACUAAAGACUCACAUGAGAGUUCACACUGGAGAGAAGCCAUUCACUUGUCCUCAGUGUGGAAAGAGUUUUACACAGAAAAAAUGCCUCGCUGUCCACUUGAAAAUUCACAUCGGAGAGAAGCCAUUCAUCUGCCUUCAGUGUGGGAAGAGUUUCACGUUUAAAGAAAAACUUAAUAUUCACACGAGAGUUCACACUGGAGAGAAGCCUUUCACCUGCAAACAGUGUGGAAAGAGUUUUUCAUUAAAUAACGGUCUUAAGGGUCACAUGAGAAUUCACACUGGAGAGAAGCCAUUUGUAUGUGAUCAGUGUGGAAAGAGUUUUACACAGAAAAACUGCCUUAAGGGUCACAUUAGGAGUCACACUGGAGAGAAACCUUUCACCUGCGAACAGUGCGGGAAGAGUUUCUCAUUAAAUAACGGUCUUAAGGUUCACAUGAGAACUCAACACUGGAGAGAAACAAUUUGUAUGUGAUUAGUGUGGAAGGAAAUUUAUUGAGAACAAACUCCUUAAUGCCCACAUGGGAAUUCACACUGGAGAGAGUCCUUUCACCUGCGCACUGUGUGGGAAGGACUUCAGGCCUUAAAAACCACAUGAAGUUUCACUAAAAACUUUGUUGUCAUUAUUGCGACUAGACAGGAAUCACCUUAAGAAUCAUUCAAAUUCUCAUCUGAAAAAAAUGCCUUUUAUGUGCAAUCACAGUGGAAAGAGUUUUUACAAACAAUGCAAACCUUGGGAGUCACACUGAAGAGAGACAUUGCUAGUAUCUUCUGUUUGAGAGGAGAUUGUCAAAGCAGCAUGAAAUGCCAUUUGUGAACUUAUGCUGGGUAAGAAAUUACAGUUUUCCCCAGUGACAAGAUUUUUAAAAAGGAGAAAUUUCUAUAAUCAUCCGUGUAUUCUUUCUAAUAGACAAUUCGGUUUUACUCCGUGUACUAAUUAAAUUUUUUUUUGCAUUCACACUUAACCAGAAGACACAUAUGUAAAGUCAUGAUACCAUUUGUGUUCUUUGUUAAAGCAUAUAAAAAAAAGUCUGAUUGACACCAUGACUACUUUUUACUUGCAUCCUUGACCUCUUUAUGCUUCCCCAUGAGGCUUUUUAUUUCCUUUUGUGCAUAUGUACUCCUGUGGCUAGUAGGGAUGGGAUGAUACACCUACUUCCUGAUUCGAUACUAUCAUGAUACUUGGGUGCCAAUACGAUAUGUAUUGCAAAAAAAA